CUCCUACGAGCUGUCAGGCAGGCAAGCAAAAGCAAAAAGCGGUGGUAGAGAAAUGUACAAACUGGACAAAGUGAAGAGAUUAGAAUACCGUAAUAUUGAACUGUUUUUAUGUAUUUGCGAGCAUUCCAAAUGAUAAAAAACCAAGACUAUUAUUCAAAUUUUCUAGUGCAAAUGUUAUAGUGACUUUGAAAGUGUACAGUGAGUGUGCUUAGACUAAUAACAAAAUGAAAAACAGAUCGCACUCCUCGAAUAACCCUAUUCAUCAGGGGUGUGGCUCAAACAGCCAAAUAAAAAUCCAUGUGAGCCCUACGACGGGGGGAGAUUUUCAUUUAAGCGUAGAACCCAAUACGACCGUGGAGAAUCUCAAGAAGAUCGUUUCAAAAAGACUCAAAGUGCCCAGAGAUAGGAUCUGUUUACUCUUCAGAGAUAAGCAACUUCAAGAGGGAAAUCUGGUGCAACAUGGAAUUUCAGAAGGGUCCAGGAUAACUUUGUUGCCUAAUGUGGAGACUGGUCUCAUUGCUCAACGACCUGAGAUAGGCAUAAUGCAAGCUUUAGAAUCAUUGAAUGACACACAAGUAACAGAAUUCCUAUGUGGUAAGGCACCGCUAAACCUCAGCAUGCGUUUAGGAGACCACAUGAUGUUAAUUCAAUUGCAACUCAGCACAGCAGCUGGGGCUGCUGCUGCAGCAGCUGUAUCUUCAUCAAAUAGGCCAUCAACAUCGACCCAGCACACUGCAUCAGCAUCUGGGCCUUCUCAAAGUAUUCAACAACAAUCUACGAGUACAGGUGUGUCUUCUAGUACUGUCACUAAUCCACCCAGUUUGCUUCAAGCUAGCAGAAAUUUACAACAUACCCUUAGGAGGCUAAGUGCCGAUGUAUUCUCGGGAAGAGAGCGAGGUCGUAGGGAAAGCGUAUACUCAGGAACAUUUAGUGGUGCUCUGAACCCAGCCUUGCAAGAUCCUAAAGGUCGACCUAGGAGAGAUGUCGCAACCAUAGUCCACAUCUUAAAUGACCUCUUGUGUUCAGUGCCAGAAUUGAGGAGGGUAGCUACCACUAGGCGGUCCGCGACAUCAACUGUCGAUGAAAGCGGCGCACAUAGUUUAAGGGACGAACAAAAAGUAGGAGAGGAGAUGGAGUCCGAUAUUGUAACUAAUGCUUCAACGUCUACUGCCACCCCAGUUGGAGGAACCGAUAGCUGUGAAGAUCAAAACUCGAGGACGAGAGGAAAGCUUGAGCAUCUGAGACUGGUGAUGGGCGAACGUCGUGAGCGGCGUAGACAGCGCAAACAAAAACCAUAUUCACUACCUCAGAACAGUGACACUGCAGACACAGUGAUCGCGUGAGACGAUCCGUUCCCUCCUUUGUACAUAGGUAUUAGCUAUUAAUUAUCUCGAUAGUGUUGGUACACGCACAGUUUCAUUUCGUUCGGAAAAAGACAGAGCUAGGAAUAAAGGAAAAUUAUGGACCGUUCGUUCAUUGAGUUUACAAAUUGUAUAGUUUUUACAAACCUACUUCACUUUUAUAUGAACCGAUUUCCGAUAAAUCUCCACAGGAUGUUGCCAUCGCACAUCAUAUCAUCAUAGUCAUGUUUAAUGCGUCGCUUCCUAAAUGUUCUGGGUGAUUAAAAGAUAUUGGCCGAAGGUAUGCCCUAAAAUAAAUUGAACAGUCUUGAUAGUUGGGACUUUCCUUUUCAGAAACAACUAUGCUAAUGUGUGGUAAAAAGAUAAAUGAAAAACAAGAGGAAAGCUUAGCUCUGUCACUUGUAAGUAUAGCAGACGCUCGAUAAUGUAAACUAAUUUAAUCCAAGUGUGGUUCACAUUAUCGAAAUGUUUACAUUAGCGUGAUUUAUAUAAUAUUUGAUUUAUUAAAAGAAACGUUUAAUACAUACUAUUUAUAACAAAAUAAACAAAUAUUCUAACAGCGAUAAGUAUUUUUUUAAUUAGAAGAAAAAUAAUUAACUAUUUUUGUCUGCGUAAAUUUGCGCUUAGCAUUGUCUUCCAAUGCCUGCGCCCGUAAUUUACGAAGAACUAAAAUAUCCGUGUAUUAAACUUCUUUUCUUUCAGCCCAAUCUAAAGCUUGGUUAAAAACUUGUAUAGCUUGCGCGUCAGUCACUACACUUCUGACUUCAAUGGGAUCGUUCUCAUCAUCCUCACUGUCCAUAUCCUCCUCCUUAUCAGCAUCAUUCGUCUGUUUAUCUUCGUCCCAUAAAUUAAUAUCAACAGGAGUACAAACAAUGUUGGUAUUCACUGUUUUCAAUAAAUCAACAACAUCCAAUGACACACUAAUAACAUUAUCAUUAUUGGAUCGCAAACGUUCUCUAAUUACGCUUAAGGGGACAUCGUCUUCAUCAUCUUCAUUAUUGGUACAAAAGAGAUUGUUCCAACAUUUUUGAAUAGUUUGCUGGUUAAGUUCAUUCCAGGUCAUAUGUAAAUCUAAAACAGCUUCUCGUAAUGUUACUUUUUUUAAAGCCUCAGAUAAGUUUUUAGGAUUCUUUGAUAAGACAGACGAAAGUAAAAACUUCCUAUAGUAUAGUUUGGUGAGUCUUAUUAUAUUCUGGUCCAUCGGUUGAAUUAACGAUGUUACGUUGGGCGGCAUGUACAUGACGAAAAUUGACCCAUCCCUGCUCCUCAGUUGUUGCUCGGGAGGAUGACUUGGUGCAUUAUCCAAUAGUAACAACGCUUUUAUUGGAA